AUGGCGAGCGGGAAGGCAGAGCUGCACUCGCUGCCGGGCGUGUCCAUGCCGCCGCCAGAGACGAAUGGCUUUGUGUUCCAGCAGACCAUGCUGCGCGUCAAGGACCCGCAGCCGUCUCUUGACUUCUACACACGAGUCCUGGGCAUGACGCUGCUUUGCAAGCUCGAUUUUGCAGAUAUGAAGUUCUCGCUCUACUUUUUGGCCUAUCAGUCGCCUGAGGACGUGCCAGCGGACCCGGUGGAGCGGGCCAAGUGGAUGUUCGGCCUGCCAGCCUGCCUGGAGCUGACGCACAACUGGGGCACCGAAAGUGACCCAGAUUUCAAGGGGUACCACAAUGGCAACACCCAGCCGCGGGGCUUUGGGCACAUUGGGCUGUGCGUCCCCGACGUGGAGGCGGCCUGCGCGCGGUUUGAGGAGCUGGGUGUGGAGUUUGUGAAGAAGCCCAACGACGGCAAGAUGAGGAACCUGGCGUUCAUCAAAGAUCCAGACGGGUAUUGGAUUGAGAUUCUGAACAACAUUCACUCGGGGCAGUUUGCGGACUGGCCCGGCAACCAGCAGUAG